AUGGUGACCAGCUAUGGAUACACUUCCGUGUCCAUCUCUGUGGGCAUUUUCCUUCUUGUAUUCUUGGUGGCAUGUGGAAUUGGAUGUGUUUGGCACUGUAAACACCACACCUCACGAUUUAUCUCACUAAAAUUUCUGCAAAGGAGGAACAGUAAGAGAAAAAACUACCAGAAAACUUUCUGCUUGAAUCCACGCAUUAUUGGCUUGAACCCCAAAGCCCCGGUGAAAACCAAAGACCACAGGUCUGCUGACAAGGGAAGCGGGAUGCAUGGGCACUAUGAAAAUGUAGCAGUGGAUCCCCCAAAAGCUAAAAAAGGAGGUAACCAACAGCUAUAUGAAAACACUCGCCCAUCCAAUUUUGAGGAGCACAUCUAUGACAACGAGGGAUCGGCUGAGUAUUGUAACUUUCGGAAGCCUGCUACAUCUUCAGUUCCUCAAGAUGAAGAUCCAUACAUUCUUCCAGACUUAUAA